CUCUCUCUUCUGAUUCCAUAGACCUCCUUACAAAAUGACACACGACGCCGUUUGGUUUUCUCGCCCAAGAAAGUUCGGAAAGGGUAGCCGUCAAUGUCGUCUUUGCGCUCACCAGGCUGGUCUCAUCCGUAAAUAUGGUCUUGACCUUUGCCGCCAAUGCUUCCGCGAAAAGUCUGCUGCUAUCGGUUUCGUGAAGAACCGGUGAACGACACUCUUCUCAUCAAACCGUUUCAUGUCGCUGCUGGAGAGAGGCAAAACUUCACUAUAUUUUGCGAUUUUCCUAUCUAUCCCUACAGCAGCACGCUUGCCCAGUCAAUUAUCACACUCGUCAUCUACAAUCUACAAUGAGAUUCGUGUCUACCG